AUGGAGGUUGUCCAGGGCCAGGUCACGGACGCGCCACAGGUGCCCACGACGACCACCGUCGGCGAGCCUGUCUACCUGCCUCCCAUCACAUCCGAGGCGGCUCCUAUGACAGUGGUCUCUGAGGCAAGCCAGCCCCCUCCUGGAGCCGUCUUCGCAGCUCCAAUGAUGCAGGCCCCGGCUACCACGACGGUUGGCGAGCCGGUCUACCUCCCACCCAUCACGGCUCCGGCCGAGGCCGCUCCUCAGACCAUCAGCACCAUGCCGCCCCAGGGCGCUGUCUUCGCAGCCCCUGCUGCUCAGGUUCCGACCACCACAACGAUUGGCGAGCCGGUCUACCUUCCUCCUAUCACGGCUCCGGCGGAGGCUGCACCGCAGACCAUCGGCACCAUGCCGCCGCAGGGCGCUAUCUUUGCAGCCCCUGCCACUCAGGUUCCGACCACCACAACGAUUGGAGAGCCGGUUUACCUCCCACCUGUCACAGCUCCUGCAGAGGGCGCCCCGCAGACCAUCGGCACCAUGCCGCCGCAGGGCGCUAUCUUUGCAGCCCCGGCUCAGGCGGUUCCUACCACAACCACGAUUGGCGAGCCGGUCUACUUGCCUCCUGUCACGGCUCCUGCCGAGGGCGCUCCGCAGACUAUGGGCGCCAUGCCACCGCAGGGAGCCAUCUUCGCGGCCCCUCCUACUCAGGCCGCGAUGAUGACAACAAUCGGUGAUGCAGUCUACCUUCCUCCCAUCACUGCUCCGGCUCAGGGCGCAAUGCAGAUGGCCCCUGGUACCAUGUAUGGCGCGCCGCCGACACAG